UCUGCAGCCCUUGGAAUCCUUCUCAGUCAAAUCCCCUUCUCAACUUCUCUUUUUUCAUUGUUCAUCUCUCCCACGCGCAGACGAAGAGGCUAUCAGGUUUAUGUUGAAGAGAUCAAACUUUGAGGGAACUGUCUAUCCCAUUAUUGUUAGUGUUGCAGCUUCCAAGAUUUUUACAUGGAUGAUAAGUGGAAGCUAUCAAAGAAGGAAGCUUCAGGCACCCAUUGUUCAAGUUCUUCAAAGUUCUCACUUCCAAGGAGUUUCUCCACGAAGAGUGUUUCUUCCAAGGCUCCCCUUCUUAGGAGUUUCUCACAGAAAAACUCAUGUUCUUCUUCUUCUUCUUCUUCAUCGUCUAAAUGUCCACUACCAAGAAGUUUUUCACAAAAGACAUCCGUUUCGCGUAAAUGUAGUAGCAUGGCCAAGGAACAGAAGGCGAGAUUUUACAUCAUGAGGCGAUGUGUUGCCAUGCUUGUUUGCUGGCAUAAACAUGGAGAUUCUUGAAGAAAAAA